AUGAAAGAACACAUCAAAUUGCUUGUUCUGUGUUUUUUUGGGGUUAUUAGCGCCCGCCUUUCCUUUUGGGAUAUAUUAAACGUGCAAAAAACAAAAAUAGGCGACACAGAGUUGGUUGCCAACACAGAGGGCCCGCUCAACUUGACCAGAGGAUACAUAUAUCAUCAGCAGGGGUUUAUGCACAACAAGCGCUUUUUUUCUCCGGAAAUACAGACAAGCUACAGUGUUCAUUUGGAGUUUGCGCCAAUCGAUGUCGAAGGAUUGGAUGACAGCGAUGAAAGCUCUGAAGUGUAUGUGUGUACGAGAACGCCUGUCAAAGAUUGGGCAUACAUGCACAGCUCCAGCAGCCACACAAAGUUCAAAAGCAACAAGGGUAAGCUGGAUUACUUGACGCAGUAUCACAGACAGCUUAUUAAAAUGUUCCCGUCGGCCACGGGAGUCCUGUCCAUUGAGGCCGGGCGAGCAAACUCUCUUCUCCGCUUCCUCCGUGCAGAGCAUGUGCGCGCGCACGCCCUCCACAUUCUUGCGGCUCUUUUGCUGCUGAGUGAGGGAGCCGACGUGCCAAUUGAGUGCGCACAAAAUAAAAUUGUGCUAAAGCAGAGCAUAGGCCCGCCUGUUUUUUCUCUGAGCAUAAAAGUUCCUGUAUAUGACCUGCAAAAAAACUGCACAAAAGUAGUUUCGCAGUAUGAGGCAGUGGAUGCAGUGCAGUUUUUUAAAGCAAACAGAAAACUCAGGAGCUGCGACCCCAGCACCCUAGAGGAGCUUGCAACAGGAAGCUUUCUGAACAGUCCGCAGUUUCUCAUACAGGCCUACAUUUUUGACUUUAUAGAGAGCGUGCAAGACGGGGCCCGCUUCAUUUCGAUUGUGCACGAGCUGAUUACAGACCUUUUAUGUGCAAAAAAGACACAGGGCGCGCCUCCACAGGAACUAGAGUGCUUGGAGCGCCUCUUUAAAAAGCUUUUUUCCUCCUGCGUUGCGCGCAAGGACAAAACAUGCGCGAUAAGCGCGCUGGAAGAACUCCAGAGAGCGCUAGAAACCACAAAAAAGUUUCCGUUUUUAAACGAAUGCCAGAUGCCUGUAUACAAAAAAGUUCCCAUAUACAUACGAAAAACUAGAAGCUUUGAAACGGGCGAUCUGAACAGCUUCAGCAACUGCGCCGAAAUGAGUCUUUAUUCGCUUUUUUGCUGCCUUGCAUACAACCCAAGCACCAGCAUGUACUGCCUGGAUGCAAUGCCCGGGGCGUCUCCAGACCUGCAGUGGUUUUUUAGCGCGUACAAAACCCCCUUAGAAACCACGCCUCUGGAGGUGCAGAUCGCUUGGAACCGGGUGGUCUCUGAUCUGCCGUGCAAGAGGAUUGUUUACGUGCACAGGCAGAAUGAGAUUCGCUGGGGGCUCUUGAACUUUUUGAUGGUGGUUGUGCACGUUGCGGGCUUGCCAGUUUCCGAAAAAAACACUAUUUCUGCUUUUAUUGAGGAAGUAAACACAAAACAGCGCAUAAGCAACGCGACCAUUGAGGAAAUAAAAAAAUACACGAAAAAAACGCUGGCCGACCUCUCCCUAAACAAAAACGUGGAGGUUUCUUUCAGAAGCCUGGCCAAAGCCACAGACGCGUGCAGCAACAAAGCAGACCUUUCUGGAGAAAUCCACAUCAAGCACACGUACAAAAAAACAGUGCGCGGAAUUGUCCUGGAUCUGCGCUUUCGGCACUCUAGCGCCAAAUUUCUGCAUAUAUCAGAAAUGCACCCAGAAAGCGAGCUGCGGUGUUUUGCAGACGCAGCAGGCGUUUAUAGAAAAAAGGCAAACACACACUUUGGGGUGCUGCUUGCACACUAUAUAAACCAAACAAUUUUAAGCCUGCAGCCAAGCAGCGAGAAGAGCCAGAAAAGCCUUUUGAAGGCGGUGCAGAGCGCGCAGAAAGACGCCAGCAUAAAUCGGCUUUUCAUGUUACAGAAAAUUGACAGCCAGGACUUCAAAGAAGCACUAGUGGAGUACUGCACGCUUUUCUUCCGCACGCACGCCGAAAAAAGACCGCCCAACCACCCAAUCACACAGCUCGUCUCCAACAUCCUGGGAAGUGUUUCCCUUGCAAAUGAAGACACGCUGCAUACGUUUCUGGCCGCGCCCGUGUUUGCAGGAGACUUCUGCGUGCCACAGACAUAUCCAAAUAUAAAGCUCUCUGAAAAGAGAAAAGCGCAGAUAUUUAAAGCUGGGGAAACGUUUUCCAAAGUAGUCAUGCACAAAGAGUAUGCUGCCCUCGCGGGCAUGGCAGAAGAGUUCAUGCAAAAAUACGCCACGGUGGUUGGCACGCCUAUGCGGCUGAGCGAUCUAUUGAACAUGGAGUUUACAAUGGAGCAGCUUUUUGGCUGGCUUUUCCGGGACAACAGAGAGGACUGCGCGCACAAGGCUGCAGCGGCCUUGCAGGGGGAAAGCAGAGAAGAAGACCGGCGCGCGCUUAACAUCCUUUGGCUUGCAUUUGCAUGCAGCAAAAAGGCCCAUAGCCUCGGGCUGGUUCAAAAUCUAUACGAUGCAGUGGCCUCUGACCCCGAAAACACAGACAGCAGCGCUGUCCGGCCGUACUGCGAUUGCUGGGGCGAUGUGCCUGAGACUCUGGAGCGAUACAAAGAGGCUCUUUCAAAAAGGCAUGGGGAGAACCAAUUUCAAAGCGUGCUAAGGCUAUUCAAAUGA